CAUCUUAUCAGCGCAGUUUGCUUUUUUUUAUUAUUUGUGACACUUUUCUUUUUUUCUUUAUGGCUGCUAUACCAAAAGAUUCGACAUCAACUCGAGCAAAACUAGGAACAGCUUGCUACCGAUGUAGAGGGUUUCGACAUGCUUGUGACCGUGCGAAACCAUCUUGUUCUCGAUGUCAACGACGAGGCAUCAUUUGCACUUAUCCUGAGGCAGCACCUACGUUAAAGAAACUUCAAAAGGCAACAGAGACUUUAGGAGACAGAAUUAAAAAGUUCGGUGACCUAUUAAAGACAACAGGCGAACAUAAUCACUUUGCCAAGUCAAAUAACAACAAUAAAGGUAUCUCACUCCAAUGGCUUGCUCAGUCACGUUCAACCGUCGCACCAUCAACAGAAGCAUAUGCAUCGUCCGUUCUCUCGGCUGAAUCAGAUACAGUAGCUUCCACCAGCUCGUUCUCUGUCUAUCCAUGCUUAAAGUGCUACAAGGACUUGCAACCUUGUGACUUGACUGUCCCUGGUUGCACUCGUUGUAGUGCAAAUGGUUAUGAAUGUAUCUAUCAAAAGACAGAGCCAAAGGCAAAUCAUGUAUCUCAAGUGCUAAAUACGAUGAAUAAAGUGAUGGAUCAAUGGCAAGAGUCAAUUGAUAAAAUGGCAAAAGAUUUUGCUCAAAAGACUAGGGAUUUUGGACAAAAGGUAGAUCAAUCAUUCAAGAAAAAGCCUAUACAGCCGUUCUCUUGGAAGAUAACAACCACAAAUAAAGGCUUAUCUGUAGAAAGCAACGUUAAUUCAUUCAAUGAUCUUUCAAAGCUAGUUGACCAGUUUAAGAAGAUUAUGCAUAUAUCCACACCACGCGAUGAACUACCCACUGCACCCAAAGUGUUGGACGAAACAGUGACAAUCCCUGGUUAUGAGUGUUUGGAUGAUACUAGCUCUAUCCAUACAGCAUCCACCUUUUCGUUUAGUAUUCUUAAUAGUGCACAUCCUCUGACGGAUCACAAAGGGCUAGUUCCCAUCGAAGUUACACAAGAGUUGACCGAUAGUCUAGUCGAGCUUUACUGCAAUACACCUUGCUGCAACACUGUCCGUCUACCGAUUAUUAAUACAACAGAGUUCUUAGCUCGGUAUCACGAUCCGGAAAAACGGCCCUCACAAUUACUCAUCUACGCUGUAUGUGCAUCAACAGCACGUAGCGCCUUCCAAUUUCACGUCUGGAACAGGCAACAGGAAGAAUAUAACAUGGGCAGAGACAUUUCUAUGGCUUACUGCCUAAAAGGCCGUGAACUGUUGGCUGAAGUCUUUGAUGAUGAGCCUACCUUGGAUCAUUGUGUGGCUGUCUUUUUGUUGGCUUACUGUCAUAUGCAGAAUGGCUAUACAGGCGUCCUUUAUAUCUAUGAAUGGAUCGCAUACAACAUGGCUCGCGGCCUAGGUCUCUUUGAUGAGCAUCGACAGCUCAGUCAACAAGAAAGUAUGCUUGCAUGGUGUCUUUACUACUACAACACGUGGUACAAGGUCUUCCAAGGCGACUCUUGUUCCUCUAUCCAGUUUCAGCCUCGCUCUCCACUACCGCCUCUUCCUCCUAAGCCAAACACGUUGGAAUGCACCCCACAGGACAUGGUGGAUUAUUAUAUUCAUACAGGAUGGCAUUACAUGAUUCGAUCUCAAAUACUCCGCCAGGAAAUGACAAGCUGCUUGCUUUCGGCGCAAUCAAGCGAAAAAUCAAAUAGCGUAUUGACAGCCAACCUGGUGGCGUUACAAAGCAAACUGGACGCAUUCUACGACUCUCUAACGCCUGAAUGGAAGAAAUUAGACAUCAAUUCAAAACAGACAGACGAAUGCCCCGAUCUUUAUUUAUUAGCUAAAUCUUGCAUUACCAAUGUCCAUGUGGACUAUCAUAUCAACAAGAUCUUACUCUACCAAGCAUUCUCUCCAGUAGAUCAUUUCCCAACAACCUCUACUUCAUUACAAGCUUUACAUACAUGUCUUAAUUCAGCUCAUACAAUUACGAUUAUUAUCAAUAAUUUAGUGAGCGAGCAAGAUAAUCAGUGCAACGUUCCUUUCUUUGGCUUAGUCUUUGCCAACAUGGUCUAUAUCAAGUUAUUAUCAUAUCAUGAUGAUCAUCCUUACCGUGAACUAGCAAGGCAAAGCCUCAUUCAGUCCCUGGACACAUUGAAAAGAUCAAAAGCAUACAUUUAUGAUAUUGACAUGAGUACGAAUUUACUUCAUGUUAUGGAACAAGAUGCAAUGCAAGUCUUAUAAUAAUUUAUACUACUAUUACUACUACUACUAAUAAUAAUAACAUUACUCUUU